GUCUUCCUCUCAACAAUGGACCUCUUCUUGCAGGGCUCCUCUUUAAACUUAUCAAAACUGCUCCACAAUAUCAGCAUUCCUGUCAACGCCUCUGGGAAUUAUACUAACAACCAGUUCACAGAGGUCAACCUCUUUGAAAUCCUGGGUCCAAAACGCUCUCCCUUUUUCUUCCCAGUGACCAGUGUUUACCUUCUCAUCUUUCUCAUCGGCUUGUCUGGAAAUCUGCUCACAUGUGCAGUGAUUGCAAAGCACAAAAAAAUGCGUAAUCCUACAAACUUUUACCUUGUGAGCCUGGCUGUAUCGGAUCUUCUCGUGCUUUUGUUUGGGAUGCCCUUGGAGAUUUAUGACCUGUGGCAGAACUAUCCAUUCCCCUUUGGUGAGGGUGGCUGCUACUUCAAAACGUUCCUGUUUGAAACUGUGUGCUUUGCCUCCAUCCUUAACGUCACAGCUCUGAGUGUGGAGAGGUACAUAGCUGUGGUAUAUCCACUCAAAACACGAUACCUGUCGACUAACCAGCACGCCAAACGGGUCAUCACCAUUGUCUGGGUGGUUUCGAUGAUCUGUGCAAUCCCCAACACCUCACUGCACGGCAUCUUCUACCUGCCAGAGAGAAUGGAGGAGUCAGCUAUUUGCACUGUGCUGAAACCUUUGUGGAUCUAUAACCUGGUCAUGCAAAUCACAACUGUCUGCUUCUAUUUUAUACCCAUGAUGGUUAUUAGCAUGCUGUAUUUAAUCAUGGGCCUUCAUUUGGGGAGAGAAAGGCGGCAGUCCGGUGGGAACCUGGGAAAGAACUGUUGCAGCACUCGAAGGAAGAUGAGAGUGGAGAAUGGCCGAAGGAGACAGGUCAUCAAAAUGCUCUCAAUCGUGGUGGCAGUGUUUGGAGUCUGCUGGGCACCCUUUCACAUCGAGCGUCUCCUGUGGAGCUCUAUCAGCCAGUGGACCGACUUGAUGCACAACAUUUAUCAAUAUGUCCACAUCCUGUCGGGCGUCUUCUUCUACCUCAGCUCUGCAGUCAACCCUAUCAUCUACAGCCUGCUCUCCACGCGGUUCAGAGAGUGUUUUCGAGAACUUGUUUGUUCCCAGGGGGAGGACAAUAACUCUGUCAGAGACUCCCCUCCUUUUCCUAAAAUUUUGCUGGAUCCCUCCGUUGCAAGUUCAAGAGGUCAGGCUGAGGGGAAGAACUCUAAUGCUUUCAUCCCUUUGCUGUCUCCUAAUAUGACACUGAGUAUGGACACUGAAAUCCUCACAUGUGCUUGUACAGACACAACCUGCAAGACCUCUGUAUUCUGACAUUUUAUUUGAACAAGCUAGAAAGCAGCUGGUGCAGAAAUAUUGUAAACCGAUAGAUUAACAUUUUGGAUCUUAGGUUUAUUUGUUUUCAGAAUUUGCUGACAUGAUGCUGUAUGAUGAAUACUGCCAGAAGAAAAUGAGCUUAGCUUAGAAUUGAGACUUGAAACAAAUGAGGACAAGUAGGCUGUGUCAUAAUGUAAUGAAACUGUCUCGUCUGCUCGUCUCUGACCCUUUUAUUAACACUGGCUCAUCUCAAAAGUAAAUAAGGUUCUAGUUGAUGAGCCAUGUAAAUCCAAAAGUUGUUUUCGUGUUGUAUUUUAGUGCAAAGAGAGAUCAUUUGGAAGAAAAUAACUAAAUCUACUGCAAAAUCAUGACACUGGAGAUGUACGAAUUUUUGGCAGUUAGGCUGAUGAAACUAUGGAGCAUGAUGUUAUUGGGGACUGGGACUAGACCCCCUGAUGUUUAGUGAUGGUGGAGCAAAAAUAUGGUUGAUGAACACCAUAAAGAUGAGAUUCACUGAAGAACCGGUCUGAGAUUGAGAUAGGGAGAAGCAAUGCCUAAAGGGCAUAGUGACAGUGAGGAUAGAGAAUAGGAACUACUGGCUGAUUGGCUUGGAGAGCACAGAUUUCACUGGAGAAGAGUAGUGACAAUGGCAGUUUUUUUAGGAGAUGAUUUUGAAAAUGAUGUGAUAAUAAAAGAGACAGCAAAAAAUAGCUGACAGGAUAAGAGGUUGAAUGUGAGAGAAAACCCUUUUUUUUUUUAUCAUCAAGAUACCCUUAAAAAUACAUUGUAAGGGUAAAGGGCAUAUAUUUGUUUUUUAAUCUUUGAGAGCCAAGCUAACCGUCCCCCUAUACUUACAGUCUUGAGUUGCUUAGCUUUCCUGUAGCUCCAGUAUCAUAUUUAGCAGCAGUAUUAUGGAUAUUCUCGUAUAACCCUAACGAAAGAUGCGGAUAAGCAUAAUUUCCAAAAUGUUUUGCUAUUUUCUUAAACUUAUUACAUGUCACUAAAAAGCUUGGAUGUAAAAUGAUUAUUUAUCCUUUGUUUGAAGCUUUGAAUCAUAUUUGACGACAGUGCCUGCACAUUUUACCUGCUGUCUUAUUUUUUAACUGCUGUAUGCCUUAUGUCAGAAAGUGGAAAAUCAGAUCGAUCUGAGCCAAAUGAUUACAUGUUGUAAUUGAUAUGUUGUACCUGAAAAUUAACGUGAUGCUAAUUUGCAAAAAGAAGUAGUAUAUAUCUCUGUGUUUCAGUGGGACAAAGAAUGUGAUCAUUUAUUGUGAGCUGUUGCUGAUGGUUUUUUUUGGGGGGGGGUUUCUCUUGUUGCAUGGCCAGCCGGUAAGCUGUUGUUCACUGUGAUUGCAAAAAUGAAAACUGAUUAUGGCUAUUGUGCAAUGGCUAAUUCAAAAGCAAAAUAAAUAUUAAG